AACUGGGAACUAUUACCAGCGGGUCAACUAUCUCAAAUUUCCAAGGCCCAGCACCCGGAACACAUCAAACGAUGAUCUCUCAGAUGGCAAGGGGACUCGGAAUGGUGCUGGCGAAAAGAUGCUCCUUAUCGGCCGUCCGGCGGAGGCGUCUGUUGGUCGCCAACUGCCCCGCGCUUGCUAGCCACCAGAUGACCAGGAGCUAUGUGCUGGACAACGGGCCCAAGGUAAAAUCGGAUCACCGCUCAGGAACGAUGGUUGAUGUGGCUCGUACCAUUCGCGAGCAAUCCGGCGUGGACGUGGGCUAUCAUACCAUUCCCAAGCCCCGGGACCAUCUCCUGCAGCACGAGCCCAAAAGAGAGGAGCUCCCACCGAGAACCAUGUUGGAUUCCCACACCACUGCCAUUCUGCCCCUCAGUGCCAGCGAGUUAAUCCGCGAGAGCUAUGUUAAUCACCUGGGCAGGGUGAGAUUGGGUCGGAUUAUGGAGGAGCUGGACAUGUUUGCAGUGUGGAUCUGUCAUCGCCAUGUAAAGCUACCCAAGCUUCCAAAGGGAGUUCCCCUGCCUUACACCUUCGUCACAUUGCUCGUGGACAAAGUGGAGUUCACCAAUCUGGAGCGGUUGCAGGUCAACCAGGACAUCGAGAUCAGCGGACACAUCUCGUGGGCGGGACGCAGCUCCAUGGAGAUCACCAUCUAUGUGAGGCAGUUAAUACCUGGAAGCAGGGAAUAUAUCGAUGUGACCAAAGCCAUCUUUGUCAUGGUGGCCAGAAAUGCCACAAACACAGCUGCGGCGCCCAUUAAUCCUCUAGAGGUUGGUAACGAAACCGAGAAGCUCAUUUGGGAGCAGGCUGAGAAGCGGCAGAAGCUGCGCAAGUCCACGGCCAUGGAGUCGGUGCUCAGUUCGCCACCCAGGGAAUACGAGCAGACCAUCAUGUACGAGAUCCUCAAGAGAACCACUCCGACCAACAGCAUGGAUCUCAAUAAGCGUGUCCUGCCGCCAAAAUGCCGCUGGAUGGAGGACUCCCUGCAGUCGACAAUGAUUGCUCCGUUUCCGGAGAACAGGAAUGCACAGAACACCAUCUUUGGAGGCUACCUGAUGCGCCAGGCCGUGGAGAUAAGCUUCAUAAUGGCCAGCAUCUAUCUGGGCGAUCGGCCCAUCCUCACAUGCAUCUCGGACAUCAGUUUUAUGCACCCAGUGCAUGUAAAUAGGUUCCUCCAGCUCACCGCCUACGUGGUUUAUGCCGCCCAGAAUUACGUCCAGCUGAUGACCGUGGCCCAGAUUUGGGAUGCUAAGAGCGGUAAGGUGCAGACCACGAAUGUCUUCUACUUGACGUACAGGGCGGACAAGGUUCUGGACGAAGUACUACCGCGAUCCUACCGAGAAAUGCUCUGGUACAUCCACGGCAGGCGGAAACUCCUGGCCGCCUUGCACUUGCAACCGGAGCUUCCCGAUCCCAUCGACGUGCCCACGGAGAGCUCAAGAAAUAUCUGUACUUAGUUUUAGAGCUAAGAUAAAUCGAAUGUGGUAGUUAAACUAUUUUGUAAAUUUAGAAUUUAAACUUUCUCAGUACCUAUUUUUUAAAUUUCUAGCAAAUUGGGAAAUAAUUUCAAUUGAAAUAAAAUUUUAAUACUUUAAAA